GGCUCAUAAGUAUCGAGAACACUCAAUCCAUAUACCAAUUCAAUUACCAAGCUAUACGCCGUGGAAUCCCAAUCGCAUUCCAAAUAUGGCAUCACAAUCCGUGGCAAAGGUGGCUCAGGCUGCUAACCGUGUUAUUCCCGUUCACAAGAAACACACUGUCCAAUCCACUGGUAUCUGGGAGACCAUCCGUCGCUUCCUCGCCGUCGAUCCUACCCGCUCCAACGGUGUCCCCCUCAACCCCCAAUUCCGCAAUCCACCUCCAGGAUCCAACGAACCAUUUUCCUUCAUCGACCCUGUUACUCUCCCCGCGGGUGAUAUCGCCGAGAACCCAUACUGGAAGCGCGAUUCCCGCCGCUCGUAUCCGCAGCUGAGUUUUGUGGCGCAGAGCGAUGUGGUGGGUUUGUUGAGUGUGGGAAGUGAGGCGGCGCCGCGCAAGGAGUUGGUCGGGGAGUCGGGGGUGAAGGAGUUGGUUAGGGUUGGGGAGGAGGGGAAGGAGGGUUUGGCGAAGUUUUUCGAGAGGGAGAGUGCGGGGGGUGCGUUGGAGUUGUUGGGGAGAGGGGGUUUGCCGCCUUUGCCUGCGAGUGUGAGUCCGAGUAAGAGGGUGGAUGGGAGUAAGUAUCAUUUGACCGAGGAGAAUGCGUAUCCUGAGGAAUACCCAUGCCGAACUUUCAAAUAAGUAAAGAAGAAGACGACGACAAGGUGAUAGGAUGUUCAGGGAGGAAGAAAGAAGGGGUAUGCAGGGAAGAAAACUUGUACAUAUACAUCCAUACACAAAGUUACGGAAUCGAGAGUCGAGAAGAGGAAUCACAUACAAGAUAUUUGAGUUUACAUUAGAUCAUAUCACAAUGCAUGCACAUACGCA